GUACAUCUUUACAACCACAUCCACAUAGCAUGGCUGAAGUCAUCGGGCUGACCCCAGUCACAUCCCAAUUCUCGCAACAAACGACAGAAACCGCCCGCGGCAGCACGGCACUCGCGGAGCAGCAGCAGCAUCACCUGGGGGAUGAGCCGGAAAACGCAAGUGCUCUGCCACCGGUCGACACGGGGCAUAGAGCGUGGUUGUUUCUGGCCGGAGCGACGACCAUAGAGAUCUUCGUAUGGGGACUGCCUUUCGCUGUCGGUAUCUUGCAUGUAUACUGGACCAACACAUUGUUUCCUGGCUAUAACGCCUCGACCAUCACUCUCGCUGCUACCCUUCAGACCGGUCUCCUAUAUAUGAGUACUGCAUUCUUCGGACCGAUCAUUGCAGCAUUCCCGAGGUAUCAACGACACUUUCAGAUACUUGGAUUAUCAGGGGCGUGCAUCAGUCUGAUAUCCAGUGGCUUCGUCACCAAACCGUUCCAUCUGGUCAUCACCUGGGGCUGUAUCUUUCCCCUAGCAGGCUCCCUCUACAUGCCCUGCGCAACGCUUCUCUUCGAAUGGUUCUUUGAACGCCGUGGUCUUGCCAGCGGCAUCAUGUACGCCGGCACCGGUAUCGGCGGUACCGUGUUUCCCUACAUCAUCAACAGCCUUCUUUCCUCUGUGGGAUACAAGGCGACUAUGGUAUCCCUUGGCGUUGCGUACGCCAUCAUCGGUGGAAUCGCAUUGAUCCCCACGACAAGGCGGGUACCACUCUCAAGAUACGGCUCUGGAGAACCCGGUCCAAGAAGACAGGGGUUGAGCCUCGGCUUUAUGAAAUCCUUCACCUUCUUCAUGGGUAUAUUCACCAUCCUCUUUACGAGCUUGGGCAACUUUGUCCCCAGUCUAUGGCUUCCUUCCUACGCAGAUGACCUCAACCUCACCUCCCCCUCCGGCACAGCCUUAAUCUCCAUCCUCAACGCCGCCUCCGUGCCCGGCAACUUCCUCCUCGGCUUCAUGUCCGACCACAUUCCCCUUCAAAUCGUCAUUUCCAUCUCGUGCAUCGGUACCGCCCUUUCUUGCGCUUUCCUCUGGGGCUGGGGAACAGGGGGUGGGACGCUGGUUGGGUUUUGUAUAGUGUUUGGACUGCUGGGACAGAGUUUUACGGCGUUGUGGACGCAGAUGAUUGUUUAUAUUUCCAAAGACGAUCCGCUGGCUUCACCUCUAGUCUUCUGCACUUUCGCCUUCAUGCGCGGUGUAGGGAACAUCACCUCCGGUACAUCCUUCCUCUUCCUCCUUUUCUCACACCAAACACCACACAACGCUGACUAUCUUACAAAGGUCCCAUCUCCGGAGCGCUCCUCAACAUCAGCGCCCUCCGAGGCGCCACAGGGGCGUACGGCUUCAGAAACUACGGGAUCUUGUUGAUCUAUACGGCGGUGACGAUCUUGUUGGGCGCCGUGACUGGUCUGCUCUUCAAAGCGCGGUAACUACUCAUACAAGUGUGUACAAUCUUGGAAAUGUGCCUCCACAAUGUCUCCUUGCCCUGGCAUCUUCAUCUCCCAAUUAUAAACAUCCUCAUUAUAUUGCAUGACUGUCGUCCAAGUAUGCAUCAAAAGC